AUGGCGGGCGGAGAAGCUGGUGUGACUCUCGGUCAGCCGCACCUUUCUCGUCAGGAACUCGCCACCUUGGAUGUGACCAAGUUGACUCCCCUUUCACACGAAGUCAUCAGCAGACAGGCCACCAUUAACAUAGGUACAAUUGGUCAUGUUGCUCAUGGAAAAUCGACAGUUGUCAAAGCCAUUUCUGGUGUUCACACUGUCAGGUUCAAAAAUGAACUAGAAAGGAAUAUCACCAUAAAACUUGGAUAUGCAAAUGCCAAGAUUUAUAAGCUGGACGACUCCAGUUGUCUCCGCCCAGAAUGUUACAGAUCUUGUGGAAGUAGCACACCUGAUGAGUUUCCUUCAGACAUUCCAGGAACCAAAGGGAAUUUCAGACUAGUCAGACACGUCUCCUUUGUCGACUGUCCCGGCCAUGAUAUUCUGAUGGCAACCAUGCUGAACGGUGCAGCCGUGAUGGACGCCGCUCUCCUGUUGAUAGCGGGUAACGAGCCAUGUCCUCAACCGCAAACAUCUGAGCACCUGGCCGCCAUUGAAAUCAUGAAGCUGAAACACAUUCUGAUCCUGCAAAAUAAAAUUGAUCUGAUAAAGGAAAGUCAGGCUAAGGAGCAGUAUGAGCAGAUCCUGGCGUUUGUACAAGGUACGGUAGCGGAAGGAGCUCCUAUUAUUCCAAUUUCUGCUCAGUUAAAAUACAACAUUGAAGUCGUGUGUGAGUAUAUAGUAAAGAAAAUUCCGGUGCCUCUCAGAGACUUCACCUCAGAACCCCGACUUAUCGUCAUCCGGUCUUUUGAUGUGAACAAACCUGGCUGUGAAGUUGAUGACCUCAAAGGGGGCGUCGCUGGUGGUAGCAUUUUAAAAGGAGUAUUAAAGGUGGGCCAGGAAGUAGAAGUGAGACCAGGAAUCAUUUCCAAGGACAUGGAAGGGAAACUCAUGUGUAAACCAAUCUUCUCCAAGAUUGUGUCACUGUUCGCAGAACACAACGAUCUUCAGUAUGCGGCUCCGGGCGGUCUCAUCGGAGUCGGAACAAAAAUCGACCCGACGUUGUGCCGCACAGACCGCAUGGUGGGGCAGGUCCUCGGUGCUGUUGGCACUCUACCUGAAAUAUUCACAGAAUUAGAAAUUUCCUACUUCCUGCUGAGACGGCUCCUGGGCGUGCGCACAGAGGGAGACAAAAAAGCCGCCAAGGUUCAGAAGCUGUCCAAGAGUGAAGUGCUCAUGGUGAACAUAGGAUCCUUGUCCACAGGAGGCAGAGUCAGCGCCAUCAAGGCCGACUUAGGGAAAAUCGUCCUCACCAAUCCUGUGUGCACAGAAGUGGGAGAAAAAAUUGCUCUGAGCCGACGCGUGGAGAAACACUGGCGCCUGAUAGGCUGGGGCCAGAUCAGAAGAGGAGUGACCAUCAAGCCGACCAUAGACGACAAAUAA